AAGGCAGACAUGGGAUCAGAUCACACUGACAGACUGGACAUUAUUGAAGCCUCAAUACUUUCUGACUGUGGACUCUCAGAGACUCACUGUGAAGUCGUGGCCUCAGCUCUGAAGUCCAACUCCUCCCAUCUGAGAGAGCUGGACCUGAGUAACAACGAUCUGAAGGAUUCAGGAGUGAAGCUGCUGUCUGCUGGACUGGAGAGUCCACACUGUAGACUGGAGACUCUGAGACUGAGUGGCUGUAACCUCUCAGAGAGAAGCUGUGAAGCUCUGUCCUCAGUCCUCAGCUCCCAGUCCUCUAGUCUGAGAGAGCUGGACCUGAGCUACAAUCAUCCAGGAGACUCAGGAGUGAAGCUGUUGUCUGCUGGACUGAAGAGUCCACACUGUAAACUGGAAACUCUCAGACUGAGUGGCUGUAACCUCUCAGAGAGAAGCUGUGAACCUCUGUCCUCAGUCCUCAGCUCCCAGUCCUCUAGUCUGAGAGAGCUGGACCUGAGUAACAACGACCUGCAGGAUUCAGGAGUGAAGCUGCUGUCUGCUGGACUGGAGAGUCCACACUGUGAACUGGAAACUCUCAGGCUGUCAGGCUGUCUGAUCACAGAGGAAGGCUGUGCUUCUCUGGACUCGCUUAGCUCCAACCCCUCCCACCUGAGAGAGCUGGACCUGAGCUACAAUCAUCCAGGAGACUCAGGACUAAAGCUGCUGUCUGCUGGAUUGGAGGAUCCACACUGGAGACUGGAAACUCUCAGGGUGGAGCCUGCUGGAGUCCGAUGGUUCAGACCAGGUCUGAGGAAGUAUUCCUGUGAACUCACACUCGACACAAACACAGUGAACAGAAACCUCAAACUGUCUGACAACAACAGGAAGGUGACACAUGUGGAGGAGGAUCAGUCAUAUCCUGAUCAUCCAGACAGAUUUGACCACUGGGAGCAGCUGCUGUGUAGAACUGGUCUGACUGGUCGCUGUUACUGGGAGGUCGAGUGGAGAGGAAGAGUUUAUAUAUCAGUGAGUUACAGAGGAAUCAGAAGGAGAGGAGACAGUGAAGACUGUUUGUUUGGAGAGAAUGAUCAGUCCUGGAGUCUGUUCUGCUCUGAUGAUGGUUACUAUGUCCGUCACAAUGACACAAUAACACCCAUCUCCUCCUCCUCCUCCUCCUCCUCCUCCUCCUCCUCCUCCUCUGGUAGAGUAGCAGUGUAUGUGGACUGUCCUGCUGGCUCUCUGUCCUUCUACAGAGUCUCCUCUGACACACUGAUCCACCUCCACACCUUCAACACCACAUUCACUGAACCUCUUUAUCCUGGGUUUGGGUUCUGGUCAUCUGGUUCCUCAGUGUCUCUGUGUUCUCUGUAGGAGGGAGAGUCUCCUCCUGGUAGAGAAACUUUCUCUCUGCUGACCAGAUAGUUCAGUCUGUACAGGAUCACACACAGCUGAUGUUAGUUAGUACCAACCUGAUCUCUCAGUGGUUGUAAAUGCAGUCUGAGCAGGUGAGGGGUACCUGAGCUGGUCUGGACUCUGGGGGGUUGAGAGCUCUCUGGGACUUGUGGUGUUGCAGAUGGAUGGCUGAAAGAGCUGAGCGAGGUCCAUGUAAUUACCUGAAAUGAUCAGUUGUCUGAGAGAAGGUGUGAAACAUGUUUUACUUUGUGUAUAAAACUGAACUUUGUUGUCUUGAAACAUUUGUUUGUGUGAAGAAAAACCUACGAAUGUCAAACAAGAGUCUUUCUGGAUCAAAUUCAUCAUCUGUGGGAAAAUAAUCACAACGUGUAAAGAGUUGUUUUGAUUAGAACAAACUAAAUUCAUCAUCUUGUGUCAUUGUGUAACAAAUGAACAAACUUUGAUAAGUGAUGUUGAAAUAAUAAUAAAUCAAAGUUUUGGGAUGAUUCUACACUGUAUAAAAUGAUUGAUUUAUUAAAUAAAGCUUCAUUAU